AUGGCUGAAGAUGGAGGAAAGUACCCCGAAAUCAACCAAAGAGGCUUUUAUUCCGAUAUAUUAGCAGAGAACGUCACAGAGGGCCAGACACUUGGUGAACUAGAGGUUCCGGUUGUCGACAAUAUCACUGAUGAUUCAAGACUACUUGCCUCCACUCCUAAUGUAUCGACUAAUAGCUAUUUAAAGGACUUUACCGCAGCCUCAUAUGAACCAAAAGUGCAGGUUCCUUUCUAUACACCACCCGGAAAGUGUCCUCGGAAACUCGUUAUUGAAAGGAAAAAACGAGAGUUCGAGAAAUACAAUCUUGUACGCAUAUUGGAAGAAGAAUAUAAGAUCGAAACAAAAGAUCUUAUGCCAAGACCCCCUGCAAAUUUUAAGGAUGAGGACGGAAAUUGGUGUCCUUAUCUUUUCCUUGACAUUUUCGACGAUGAGGACUACGAUUGUCGAACUCCCAGUGAUUGGCUCUCUUUGGGACUUGAAAAUUCAGUUCGAAAACCAGUUCCUGCUGUGGCUCUUCUCCCUGUCAGAGAUGACAAGCAUGAUUCGGAUAUGAGAAAUCCUGAGCUAUCCUGGGCCUGGCAACGUGUCGGCGUUCUGGACUAUGAACCGAAGUCGAAACAGUGGCUGGUGCAAAAGAGUGACGCUUGCAACCGUGUGCUGGAUGAUCAGAAGAACCCAGUGGUGAAUGGUGGCCUUCAGCCUACGGGACAUUUCACCAAAAUGCCUACACAGUACUGGGUGCCCAGAAUUCAAAUAAGGUUCAUUGCGGAGGACCCUGUCGUCUUCGCCAAACGCAUAGCCACGGCCUACCGAUCUCGGGAGGACACUGAGGCUGCUAUUCGUUAUAAUCUCUACCUAGACUGCAUGCCAACUGAAGGACUGGUAGAGAUGGACCAAGCAGCACUGAAACGAAUCAAGUACCUGGCGAAGGAUUCAACACCCGUUUUGAAAAAGAAAACGGGACUGGAUGCCGUUACACAUCAGUUAGAAAAAGAAAUAAUUAUCGACCACUGGCGGAGUAUGAACGAUCUAAUCCUCAGAAAGUUUGUCGCCGAUAAUCCGGGUGAAUACAGCUUCAUAAGGCCACCAAAAUACCCUAAGAAGGAGUGGCCUUGGAAAGGAACUGUGGAGAUACCACGUUAUGAUUUUGUCAUCAAGUUCGAUGAAUUUGCCUUCCACACACUCUUCGGAAAGCCAGAAGCCAUCGUGGCCAAUUGCACAGCUCAGUUUGAGUGUCUCGAAGCCCGUUCUAGGCUUCUGCUCCACAUGCCCGUCGUGAAGCCG